CUGAUGCACAUACAAGAUGGACUUAUCUCCAUUUCCCUGAAGGGAAAGUGUUGGAUUGGCGGCAAGGCAAGAAAAAAUCCAAUGCUUGAAGUGCAGUUCAACACUUCCAAAUCUUACAACUGCAGGGAAGGAAUAGUUCACCAAGAUGAUGAGCAUGACAUGAAGCUACGAUCCCAUACGCAUCUUCCACAAGUGGACAGCUUAAAUGACUUGGAAGCCUCAAGUUUCUCGACCUCCGCACUUGUUUUACUUGUUUAAAGCAGCUGCAGCAGUCCACACGCUAUAUAAUCUCACCACCACAGCAACAAGCUCGAACAGCAAACCGCAAGCAUGAGGCUCGGCUUCCUCCUUCCUUGCAUCACCGUGCUGCUUGUUACUGGUAGCGUGUGCAAGCUGGCACAUAAUUCAUCAGCGUUGCCCCUCUCGUCGAGCUCCCGGUGGAUCGUCGAUGAGUCCGGCCUGCGAGUUAAGCUAGCUUGCGUCAACUGGGUGUCCCACCUGGAGCCCGUGGUGGUGGAGGGCAUGGGGAAGCAGCCACUGGACACCAUAUCCAAGAAGAUCGCCGCCAUGGGCUUCAACUGCGUUAGGCUCACUUGGCCUCUCUUCUUGGUCACCAACGACUCCCUGGCCGGCCUCACCGUCCGGCAGUCUUUCCAGGCUCUCGGCCUAAUGGAGUCCAUCGCCGCCAUCCAAGUCAACAACCCAGAUCUUCUCAACCUCACGCUCAUCCAGGCAUUCAAGGCCGUGGUGUCCAAUCUUGCUGAUAACAACGUCAUGGUGAUCUUAGAUAACCACAUCAGCAAACCCGGAUGGUGCUGCAGUAACUUCGACGGCAAUGGCUUCUUCGGCGACAAGUACUUCGACGCCGAAGAGUGGAUCAAGGGGCUCACAAAGAUGGCCACAAUGUUCAACGGCUCGCCCAACGUAGUCGGCAUGAGCCUGAGGAACGAGCUCAGAGGUCCGAAGCAAGGCGUUACUGAAUGGUACAGGUACAUGCAAAGGGGUGCGGAAGCAGUGCACUCGGCGAACCCCAACGUUCUUGUCAUACUGUCGGGCCUCAGCUUCGACAACGACCUGGGCUACCUCUCCAAGAAGCCCGUCGAGCUAACGUUCCAAGGGAAGCUCGUCUUCGAGCUGCACUGGUACGCCUUCUCCGACGGCCAGGCUUGGGCGAAUGGAAACCCUAACCAAGUGUGUGGGCGAGUAGCGGGGAACGUGAUGAGGAGGGCAGGGUUCUUGCUGGACCAGGGGUGGCCACUGUUCUUGAGCGAGUUUGGACUGGACCAGAGAGGCACAAAUGUCAACGACAACAGGUACCUGGGAUGCAUGAUGGGGGUUGCAGCUGAACUGGAUUUGGACUGGGCAUUGUGGACCUUGCAGGGGAGCUACUACAUCAGGCAGGGUGUUCUUGCCAUGGAUGAGACCUAUGGGUUGCUGACCUGGGACUGGUCCAAGCCCAGGAACUCCGGCUUGUUGCAGAGGAUUCAAGCCAUCCAAUCCGACACCCAGUCAAAAUGGGAGUUCAUAUCAGACUCCAAGAUGCAUCUGUCAACCAAGAUGUCCAGUGAUGGCUGCAGCCUAUGCUUGGAUGUUGACCCCGAUGGCAUCAGCAUCAUCACGAAUCCAUGCAGGUGCUUGACGAAUGAUCAAACAUGCAAUCCAGAGAGCCAGUGGUUCAAGAUGAUAAGCAGCACGAGGAAGACUGCGAGCAAGAACUCCAUUCUGCGGUUGCCUUCGCGACCUGAAAUUUGGAGGUUCGUGAGGAAUCGAGCCCUUGAAUCCUCCGUGUGAUGAUUCCUUUGACUUGUGGCUGCAAGUUUCUCAUGUACGGGAGCUCUGUUCCGACCAAAUGUCCAAAAAUAAUCUGAAAUAAGAUUUUUUUUGUGCUUCUCUAUA